AUUCGUAGCGUUUAGUUCGAAUUGAAAUUCGCAUCUAAGCGGUUGUAGCGACUCGGAAAAACGGAUUUGAGUGAAAAGAAUCGAUUCUCAAAAAAUCAAAAAAAAAAAAAAAUAAGAAACUUGGUUAAAUUUCAAAUUCAAGUGACGCAGCAACAACAACAACAAGAGAAAAAAAACAAAAUCAAAAUUAUAACGACAAAACCGGACAUUUAACGGAAUAACGAAAAAAAAAACAAAUUAAGACAAAUUGCUAUGCAAAUUAACAAAAUUAAACGAAUGGAACUGUGAACAAAUAUAACACAAAAAAACACAAAACACAAUUGACCAAAAUCAAAACAAAAACAAUAAUUAAAAAAAGUGAAAAAAUAAGAAAAAAAAAAUAUAAAAAACAACAAAAAACAAAGAACUACCGAAAAAAAAUGCGUAACAAGGGGAUAACCCUAUUAUGCCUGUUACUGGCAGUGUUUAGUCGUCCUCACCCUGGGAUCUAUGCCCUCGAUGCCACAAAUCAUGCAGCGGCAGCCACGUGUAGUCUCAAGGACAACUGUGAUCUCAACGAUCAGCUGUUGACAGUUGGCGGUGAGAAAAAAGUGGGAGAUUCAGCCAAACAUUUGGAGGGUAAAAUUGCCUCUGUCUUUGAGGAUAAGGUGAACUAUAGCAUGCAAAUAUUUACUGAGGAGACAAUUUUGGAAUACAAUGCCCUUGAGGGUACCAAUAUUAGUGCAGCCUCAGCAUUGUCGAAUUUCACACACCAAUUUACCCUGGUCAAGAGUAAAGAGGAUGAUGACAACGACGACGAUGAUGUUAUUGAAAGUGAAAGGGAAUACCUUUACAGCAUUGGCCAGAAACUGAUAUCGAUUGGCAAGCCAUUUGAUGCCUCACGUAACCCCGAUGCUUCGGAGCUGUGUCGUUUACACACCCGACAAUUUAUGGAGGGUUUGAACAAUUUCGAUUUGUGGGCCUUGAAAUUGCACGACUCCACGGGCAAACUCAACUCUGGCAUCUUGAAUGGCAACAUCAAUCAGUUGGGCGAUUUCGAUCAAUGUCUGCGAGUGCAGCAUCAAAUGGCUGAUGGUGGUGCAACGGGUGCCGCCAAUGUCGAAAUGAAGGGACAAUACUGUUUGGCUUAUGCUCAGCCCGAAUUGCCACACAAAUCGAAACGUUUGCAAACCUUUUUCAAUAUGGUCCGCUCACAUGGACCAUUCCGCAGUGAAUUCGAUGAUCCUGGCCAUCGUGUGCCACGUUUCUUCCUAAUCAACUGGGGUAUUUGUGUGCCUUCGUCAUGCUCGCACAAAGAUGUUGAAUACACGGUCAGGGAAUAUCUAAACAAUGUAACCGAAUCCACAGGAGUAUCAUUCAAAGUUCGAGUUGAACCACAAAUGUGUCAAGUUAAGGAUAAUAAACCCUGGGACAGUGGUACCGUCUGGGCUGUGCGUUUCUUUACAAUUAUUCUGUCGAUAACCAUACUGUCAACCGUAUAUCACGUCUGUACGAAGAACAAGAAGCCAAACGACUGGUUGGUAGCAUUUUCUUUGGACAAAAAUCUACGUUGGCUCUUUAACACUUCCUCCUCCCCCGAAGACAUUGAAGCUGUCCAUGGUCUGCGUCUGCUGAAUGCUGUUAUGUUGUUGUUCUCCCACAAGUCAAUGGCCAUAUUUUUCAAUCCAUAUGACAAUCGCACAGAAAUGGCAGAGGCUUUGGGACAACCCUGGACUGUUGUUGGCCGUGCAGCUUCUUUGUAUACGGAUCCCUUCCUUCUAUUCAGUGGCAUGUUGACGGCUUAUUCAUUUUUUGGACGUUUGAAUAAGGGUCAAACCAUCAAGCUGAAAAAUGAAUACAUCAAUCGUUUUAUUCGCAUUGUUCCUCCACUGGGUGCUCUUAUCCUCUUCUGUACGUUCAUUUUGCCAAUGUUGGGCUCAGGACCUCAAUGGAAUUUGGUUGUUGGACAUCAUGCUGAUAUUUGCAAAAAGAACUGGUGGCGUAAUCUGUUGUUCAUUCACAACUACUUUGGCUUUAGCAAUAUGUGUUUGACACACACCCAUCACUUGGGCAUUGAUACACAACUGUUUGCCGUUGCUCCUUUCAUGAUUUUCGCCAUGUGGAAGUGGCCACGUAAGGGUGCCAUGGCCUUGGUAGCCUUGGCCUUGAUUGCCACUUUUGGACGUUAUUAUGUUACCGUGUUCUAUGAGCUAUCCAAUUACAUUUAUUUUGGUACCAACAUCAAACGUUUAUUCCGCACAGCCGAUCGUAUGUACUCCUUCCCUCCGCUACGUUCCACCGUUUAUAUCAUGGGUAUUUUCUUGGGCUUUGCCUUGCGUAAAUGUCGUGGCAUUAAGUUGUCGAAAACUCAAUUAUAUUGGGGUUGGUUUGUGGCCAUUGCUUCACUCUUGAUAUCGCUUUUGGGCCCAGCCCCCAUGGGUUCCAUGAGUUAUCAAUACAACAGCACACACUCAGCAAUCUAUGCAGCAUUUGUUCCCAUUACAUGGUGUAUAUUCUUCGUCUGGGUUGUCUUUGUCUCACACAAUGGCUAUACAAAUUUCAUCACCGACUUAUGUUCAUGGAAGGGUUUCCAAGUGUCCACCAAGCUGUCAUAUGCCAUUUAUUUGACCCAAUUUCCUGCAUAUUUCUUCAAUGUAGGACGUCGUCGUCAUGUCCAUCACUACUAUAAUUUCGUUUCAAUAAUGCUUGAUACCAAUGAAUAUUUGUGCAUAUUUAUUGCCUCGGUUGUGUUGACAGUGCUGUUCGAUGCACCUUUCCAAAAUAUUAGAAAACUGCUCACAAAACGCACCCCAACCGCUGUAGCCUCUGGUCCUGCCGACACCACUAACACCAAAUCAGUUACCGCCAACGGUAGCAUUUCCAAAGACACCAUCACAACACCAAGCAAACAUCUGCAUUCCGAAUAGUUUUCCACACACUCACUCCCCCAUGUACCUAACAAUAUACAUCUGCGAAUGUCGCGUGUAUUGUUGUUGGUGUAUCCAAAUGUAUAAUUUUGUGUAUUUAUGUAGUUUAGUGUUGUUUUAGUUGUAGUCCUAUUUAAUUCGAUUUAUUUUUACGAUUCUAAUUGUACACAUUUGUUCAUAUUCCUCUUCAUCUCUUAAGCAUUUUACAUGGUAGUCCUAAAUUAAUUACACAUUAAUCGACGCUAUUCCUGUACAUACACUAAGCACGAAGCAAGCAAACCAGCAUCAUGCAUUUGCAUCCAUAUCUAGUAUUAUUUUUUAUUUUAUUUUUAUGAUUAAUCAUGCGAAACUAAUGAGUUUGUUAGUCAUUUGUUUUAAAUUAGGCCAUACAUUUGUACAGUAAAAUUUAAAUAAUAAUAAUAAAAGAAAGAAUUA